AUGGGACAAAUCGUCGGACGUUUACCAAACACAUGGGACCGUUUAUUACAGGAAAAAGAUCGUGUAUUAUACUGGAGCGGCGAGGUUUUAGCACAGGUAGCCGAUAACGUUAACCAGGAAAUGUCGUUAUUUAUCGAUUACGGAGAGGAAAGUAUCGACGAAAAAGUCGAAUCCUGGAUGAACAGGAAUCGAUCGAGGGUCGAUCGAACCAUCGCCAAAUAUCCAAAUAUGGCGGCACAAUACAAAACAAGAGUACAAAUUGAACUUGCAAAGAUAAGGGAAGGAUUUAGAAUUCGAAUGAGAAACGAUUAUCGACAGGCCUACACGGAUAUUAAAAAUUUCACGAGAAAGGUGGAUAAAUUAGGAAAACGACAACGGAAGAUACAUGGUAAAAUUCUCGAGUUAGAAACCAUCUGUGAUGGAGACGUGAAACGAUUUCAAAAGAAAUUAGGCCCUUUACGGGUAAAAACGUUUGAAAACCUCAGGACAGGAGAAAAAAUGACGUUUGAAGACAAAAGACUGAAAACGAAGUUCGCUAAGAGAGUGAAUGAAAUUGAUCUUAAGAAUCUGCAGGAAUGUUCUAAAUACGUUGACAAAUUAAUUAGCAACAUUGAAGACAUUAUGCGUAAUUAAUGGACGCAAUAAAAAAAUUAAGCAUACCCUCGAUUCAAAAAAGAAGGACGAUCGAUAAGAAUAUGGAAUACAUGUUACAUACGUCACUCCCAUAUGUAUCUAUAUGUAAAUAUAUGUAUCUGAACAAGA